UGAAUUUUCAUGAGGACUUUAAAAAAAAUCAAAUUCACAAACUGAUGUGGAAAUGUGAAGAACUGAAUUUAAGAGUGAAAAAGAUGAGAAACAGAGAAAACGAAAUGGACAGAUUUGUUCAUUCCUACUGUUGGGUAACCCUCUUCCUUUUGUUGUUAUAUGCCUUUAGGUCGAUUACAACUUAUGACAACCCUAUGAAGAUUCAUAGGGUUUUCAUGGUAAGAGGUGUUCAGAGGUGGUUUCCCUCUGUCUUUAUAAAGCCUUAAUCCUGAUACAAAGAGAAAUGGUAGAGAGGAGCCUCUGGGUAGGGGGUGGCUUAGCAGUACCUUGGCCCAAGCAGGUGCACAUUAGCCCAAGCAGGUCUUAGGAAGCACAGGUGGAAGCCAGAUGCCAAGACCUAGGGGUGCCAAGUUUAGGGCCACAAUAAUGUGGUCUUUGUCAUGUAGUUUGCCCUUGCGUAACUGUUUUUUCUUUUGGAAAUAAUAAGCAGGUGUGUGUGUGAGCCAGAUUGAGGCCAUAGUGGGGGAGGGGGGAAUGUAACCCUUUGCCCAUGCAGCAGCCCUAAUUGAAAUCCCAGCCACUGUGCCUGCCAUUGGUGGCAAUGGGAGCUUUCUGUCCAUUGCAAGUAAUAGGUCUAGGAUAGACAUUCCAAGAGGAUUUGCAGCAGGAGCAAAGGGUUAAAACCCCUCCUUCUCCCAUGCUGUGGUCCCAGUCUGGCUCCCCCACAAUUAUGUGACAAAUGCCACAUCUCAAUUUUGGGCUCUGUUUUGGAAAUAAAAUCCAUUUUCUCAGCAUCUUGAGAUAUGUUCUCCCUUGUUUUUGACGUCUUACUUUGACCCUAAUGAGUGGUUUGGGCUGAUGUUAGUGACUCUAGGAUUGGCAUUUUAGAGAUAUAUCCUUUCAGAGAUAUAUUAAAAAGAAAAGACUUGAAGUAAAUAAAUAAAUGAUAGCACUGUACUACCCCCUUUUGCUUAUGGAUCCAUCCACCACUGACAUGCAGCCCCUGGAAGGUCACCAACAAGCCAUGCAGGAGAUGUUUUAAUGGAUGAUAUCUUCAACAAAUGCCUAACUUAAAGCCAGCAAUGAUCACCCAGAGACUUAAAGCACAGCUUUCACUUUCUGCAAAAGGGACUAGGCCUCAGUCUUUAGAGUGCUUUUGAUGCUCUACCUCCCUCUACUGUAUUUCCUGAGAAGUUCUCCAAUGAUGGGAAAUCAUGUAUUAGCCGCUUCGAUUUCCAUGCUGUCCCUUCUGGCAAUAAUGGGAGACACAGACAGUAAAACGGAUGGUACCUUCAUGAUUGAAUCAGACCCAGACCGUUGCAUGAGGCAUCAUUACGUUGAUUCUAUCAGCCACCCUUUAUACAAGUGCAGUUCAAAGAUGGUGCUGCUGGCUCGCUGUGAGGGACGCUGCACUCAGACAUCACGCUCUGAACCAAUGGUGUCCUUCAGUACAGUGCUGAAACAGCCUUUCCGCUCCACAUGCCAUUGCUGCCGGCCACAGACUUCCAAGCUGAAGGCCAUGCGCUUGCGCUGCUCAGGUGGCAUGAGGCUCACUGCCACCUACCGUUACAUCCUCUCGUGCCACUGUGAGGAGUGCAACUCCUAGAAGCAGAAAAAAUGGGACGGACAUGUGCUCUAUAACAGGAUUCCCAGAAGCAGCAACAGCCAAGGGUGGCUUUUUUGCCAACAUGCUAUUACACGUCUGACACAAGCAAGGCUGAUUAAACAUGGAUUUCAUUUUCAGAACUACAGAAAGCAAAUCAUGAUGUUGCUUGGGAUUGUGCCAAAUCAUGAAACAGACAUCAGAAUGUAUUUCUAUACCGAAGAAGAAAACUCUUAUGAUGGUGAUGGACUGGUUUUCAGAAACUUUUAUUGGAAAGAUACUAGGGGUAGUUUUUUCUGGUUCAGUAAUUCUUUAUCCCUGAUUAAGGGAUGAACUAUGACUCUUCAUUUUGAGUGUCCUGCCAGUAAAAGUAAAAAAUGAAAGAGAUUAUAGAGUAUGUACAUUGGAUGUCAUUAUGUGGGAAAUGUUUUAUUUUAGAAGAGAAAGACUCCAUCCCUGUAUACAGAAGCCUGUUGUAUCUUUUAAAUAUGUCCCUUAGUUUAUAUUGGCCUUGAAAAUAGACUGUAUUGAUGAUAAAAGUUGUAUUUUAUCUGUUCUGGCAGCCAUGUGCUGGACAAUUUAUUGUGAUU